AUGUCCGGUAGUGUCGAGACGUCGUCGGCAUCCCAGCUGAGCCAGCUGCUCUCUUCCUCGCGCAUCGUCGUCAUCAAUUUCUACAACGAGGACAACCAAUCGAGCAAGGCCAUCGCCCCGGUCUACGACCAGCUUGCACAACAGCUCUCUCGAGCGAACAGAGUCACCUUUGCAAAGGUCAGCGUGAAGAAGCAGGCGCAAAUCGCCGAGAGCUACAACGUGACAAACACGCCGACCUUCAUCAUCUACAAGAACAAUCAGCAAAUACGCAAGUUCAGUGGCUCCAACCCCCAACAUCUGUCCGAUGCAAUCAAGAGCCUAGCCGCAGAAGCCGAGUCUGACGGUGGCUCUGGAGGGUUUGGAGAGGCCAGCUCAAGUGGCGGUGGCGUCUGGAGAGGCGCAGGACUACCACGAGGGUACACAGAUGUCACGGAGCAGGUGGAUGUUCGGGGGUUGGACCUCUUGAACGCUGACAGCGACUUCGGCGGCGUGCGCACGCUCUUCGAAUCGUCCAAGCCGAGCUCACUGAGCAAGGGCAAGGGCAGCGCAGAUACCAAGGACUGGGUCGAGACCGAUGUCGACAACCAGCUCAUGCUCUACGUACCGUUCACCGCCAACCUGAAGGUUCAUACCAUUCAGAUCACCUCCAACCCGCCGGUAGACGAAGACGACGACGAGACCCCCGUCCGGCCAAAGACGAUCCACAUCUGGACCAAUCGCCAGCACAACUUGGGCUUUGAGGAGGCAGAGGACAUCCCAGCCACGCAGACCAUCGAGUUGAAGGAGUCAGAUUGGGACAAGGAGACGGGCACGGCAAAGCUGGAGCUGCGUUUUGUCAAGUUCCAGAGUGUCUACAGCCUCGUCCUGUUUGUGCAGGAUGGUGACGGCGACAGCGAGAAGACGCGCAUAGACCGAAUCCGCUUCAUUGGCGAGACCGGCGAGAAGAGGGACAUUGGCAAGCUGGAGAAGAUUGGCGACGACUCUUAG